GUUUUUUUACUUUCGUUUGCAGCUCUUACACAAGGAAGUUUCAGUGUGGAUAUACUGAAUAUUCCUGCAGCUUACAAGCUUACAACUAUUUCUAUUACAUCAGGAUAUUGUGUUGUCAGUAACAAGUGAUGAAUCAUGUCAAAGGGGGGGGCAUUGUCUGUUAGAGAGGUGCUGUGGAAGACACUGAAAUAUCUGGGAGAUGAAGAAUUCAGGACAUUCAAAUGGUUCCUGCAGGACUCUGACAUCCUGGGAGACCUCGGAGUCAUCCCUAGGAGCGAACUGGAGAAAGCAGACAGGAAGGACACAGUGGAUAAAAUAAUCCAGAAGUAUAACCAGCAGUCUGUAGAGGUAGUGAAGAUGAUUCUAGAGAAGACUGACAGAGCUGAUCUGGUGGAGACAUUGUCAUCAAGCUUUAGAACAGCAGCACGAGAAGAGGCUCCGCUGCGACCUCCAGUGGUCAAAGCCACUAAAGAUGCUCAGAUUAUUAACAUCCCAUCAAUUUAUAAAGACAUCAUCUCAAACGGUGUUCUGAUCCGUCCAGGACCUCCUUUUCUCUUCCAGCUGAGACCAAACAAAAAGAAGUUUGGAACUUGGACAGGAAUAACUGUUGGAGAAAAAGACCCUGCAAAGACAAACAGAACCAUUUUACUUGUUGGUGAAACAGGAACAGGAAAAUCUACUCUGGUCAACGCUCUGGUCAACUACACCAUGGGAGUGAAGUGGGAGGAAGAUAUCUGGUUUCAGAUCGUAGAGGAGGAGAAGAGAAGUCAGUCAGAGACAUCAGAUGUGAUUAUUUAUGAGAUCUUUGGUUUUGAAGAUAAAACUCUGCCCUACUCUCUGACCAUCAUCGAUACUCCUGGAUACGGAGAUACCAGAGGGAUUGAACAAGAUGCCAUUGUCAGUCACAGAUUAUUAGACUGGCUCCGCUUAGAGGACGGAGUCCAAGAGAUCAAUGCAGUGGGUCUGGUGCUGAAAGCGACCGAAUGUCGACUGAGUGACCCACUGUCAUACAUCUUUGAUUCAGUGAUGUCUCUGUUUGGAAAAGAUAUGGAGAAGAACAUUGUUGCCCUCAUCACUCACUCAGAUGGUCUGCCACCUGAAAGUUUUCUUCAAGCUGUCGAAAAAAUUAAAUGUGCCAAAGAUGAGGAGAAUCAGCCGGUUCAUUUUAUGUUCAAUAACUGCCAGAGCAAACAGAAAACAGACAGAAACAGUUGUGCUUUAAAGAGUGCAUGGGACUUAACAAUAGACGGAAUGAGUCAAUUCACACACUUCCUUAAAGAAACUUCACCCCAGAAGCUGAAGACAACUAUUGAAGUGUUAAAUUCACGAAUCAGACUGACAGCCUGCAUCCAAAACCUGAAAGAGAGAGUUGAGUUGAUUGAACUAAAACAAAAAGAAAUCCAACAGACUCUGAAGACCCAGCAAGACAUGAAGAAGUAUGAAAAGAGUAAAUCAGACUGUGAGGAGACAACAAGCCUUUUGGAAAAUCUAGAAAAGCAAAUGGAAGAACUUCAGAAAGAGAAAGAUCGAUGGUUGGAAGAGUCCUUCCAGCAGGUUGUCAAACUGGAGCAGAUCGCCCUGAAUACUGAUUCACUGUCCACUCUUGUCCACUUGGACUUCCUGAUUGAGAAGAUGAAGGAGAAAGGAGACACAGAGAAGGUCCAGAAACUGGAAGAGAUGAAAAGACGAGUAGACGAAGAUAAAGGAGUCCAGGCAGCGCUGCGUUACGGGUCCAGUAGACUAACAGCUGGUAAAGGUCUGAUGAAGAAUAAUAAAACAUCAUUGACAUAUGAGGACUUCAUCUUGAAGAGUAAUCUGAUCCAAUCAGGAUCUCCCGCUGUCUACCAGCUGAAACCAAAGAAAGAGAAGAUUGGAACUAUAAGAAGAAUGACUCUUGGUGAAAAAGAUCUGAACAAGACAAACAGAACCAUUUUACUUGUUGGUGAAACAGGAGCAGGAAAAUCUACUCUGGUCAACACUCUGGUCAACUACACCAUGGGAGUGAAGUGGGAGGACAAUGUCUGGUUUCAGAUCGUAGAGGACGAAAAGGACGAGAAGGACGAGAAGAGAAGUCAGUUAGAGAGUCAGACAUCAGAUGUGAUCAUUUAUGAGAUCUUUGGUUUUGAAGAUGAAACUCUGCCCUACUCUCUGACCAUCAUUGAUACUCCUGGAUACGGAGAUACCAGAGGGAUUGAACAUGAUGAAGCAGUCAAACACAGAUUAUUAGACUUGUUCCGCUCAGUGGACGGAGUCCAUGAGAUCAAUGCAGUGGGUCUGGUGCUGAAAGCUACUGAGGACCAAGUGAGUGACCGACUGAGGUACAUCUUUGAUUCAGUGGUGUCUCUCUUUGGAAAAGACAUGGAGAAGAACAUUGUUGCCCUCAUCACUCACUCAGAUGGUCUGCCACCUGAAAAUGUUCUUCAAGCUCUAGAAGAUGCAAAUAUUAAAUAUGCUAAAGAUGAGGACAAUGAGCCGGUUUAUUUCCUGUUCAACAACCGCCAGAGCACACAGAAAACAAAGAAAAAUGAGUUUGCUCUAAAAAAUGCAUGGAGCAUAACAGCUGACCACAUCUGCCAAUUCACUGACUUCCUGAAAGAAACUGAACCUCAGAAGAUGAUGACAACUGUGCAGGAUAAAGGAGUCCCGGCAGCGCUGCGUUACAGGUUCAGUAAACUAACAGCUGGUAAAGAAGUUAUUCAGAAGAAUAACACCUCACUGAAAUAUAAUGACAUCAUCUCUAAAAGUGUUCUGAUCCAAUCAGGAUCUCCCGCUGUCUACCAGCUGAAACCAAAGAAAGAGAAGAUUGGAACUCUAACAAGAAUGACUCUUGGUGAAAAAGAUGUGAACAAGACAAACAGAACCAUUUUACUUGUUGGUGAAACAGGAGCAGGAAAAUCUACUCUGGUCAACACUCUGGUCAACUACAGCAUGGGAGUGAAGUGGAAGGACGAUGUCUGGUUUCACAUCGUAGAGGAGGAGAAGAGAAGUCAGUCAGAGAGUCAGACAUCAGAUGUGAUCGUUUAUGAGAUCUUUGGUUUUGAAGAUGAAACUCUGCCCUACUCUCUGACCAUCAUCAAUACUCCUGGAUAUGGAGAUACCAGAGGGAUUGAACAAGAUGAAAUCAUCAGUCAGAGAUUAUCAGACUUGUUCCGCUCAGAGGACGGAGUCCAUGAGAUCAAUGUAGUGGGUCUGGUGCUGAAAGCGACUGAGAAUCGAGUGAGUGACAGAGUGAGGUACAUCUUUGAUUCAGUGGUGUCUCUGUUUGGAAAAAACAUAGAGAAGAACAUUGUUCCCCUCAUCACUCACUCAGAUGGUCUGACACCUGAAAAUGCUCUGAAAGCUCUAGAAGAUGCAAACAUUAAAUGUGCUAAAGAUGAGGACAAUGAGCCGGUUUAUUUCCUGUUCAACAACCGCCAGAGCACACAGAAAACAAAGAAAACUCAGUUUGCUUUAAAAUAUGUUUGGAGCUUCACAGUGAACCAAAUCUGCCAAUUCACUGACUUCCUGAAAGAAACUGAACCUCAGAAGAUGAUAACAACUGUGCAGGAUAAAGGACUCCUGGCAGCGCUGCGUUACAGGCUCAGUAAACUAACAGCAGCUGGUAAAGCGCUGAUGAAGUAAGUUCCAGCGUCACUGUGAGCUCUCAGUAUGAUGUCGUCCAGUACAACACUGCAGACUACAACCUUAAUAAUAAUCAUAUAUUUACAUUAAUGCUCUCUGACAGUGUCAGUCAAACCUGAACAUUAUUGAUCUGUUAAUAACACAAAAUAUGAAUAAAUAUUAUUAUUAUAAGAUCAAUAAAGCUGUAUUGGUCCCCAGAGGGAAUUUAACAUUACCCAAUAUAUAUAAAUUAAUUUACAUGAAUAAAUAAAAAUGAGCUCAUUUACCAGCUGUAAAAAAAAAAUUUUAGAAAAAAGAAAAGCAUGUUGACUGUGUGUGUGUGUGUCCAUCUUACCUGUCUGUUAAACAUUGUGAUUAAAAUAAUCAAGAUGCAAUAAAACAUUUUCUCGUUGUAUUCAAAUCUUAAAAUGUUUCUUUAUUAAAAUCGACCUUCGACCCGCC